GACUUGAUAAACAUUCAGGACUUCAAACAGUUCAGCGAGACUGUUCUUUUCUGUGUCGCAUUUCUAGUUCUUCACUUUAUUUUAUAAAAGCCCAAUUUACCUUGAAAAAAGAAAACAUGGCUAGAAUGCUGAGCAGGGAUUUACCGGACAUUGAGAGUAUUCUGGCUUUGAAUCCUCGUGUAAAGAAUCAUGCCUCCCUGCGCUCAACGACAACAACUAAAAAGGAGAAGAAACACUGGAAGAGAAACUCUGACAAGAACUGCUCAAGCUGUGAGAAGCUGGAGAACAAUUUUGAUGACAUCAAACACACGACUCUGAGCGAGCGUGGAGCACUUCGAGAAGCAAUGAGGUGCCUAAAGUGUGCAGAUGCUCCGUGUCAGAAAAGCUGUCCGACUAAUUUGGACAUUAAGACAUUCAUCACAAGCAUUGCAAAUAAGAACUACUAUGGAGCUGCCAGAAUCAUUCUGUCUGACAACCCCCUUGGACUGACUUGUGGAAUGGUGUGUCCAACCUCAGACCUCUGCGUGGGUGGCUGCAAUUUAUAUGCGUCAGAGGAGGGACCAAUUAACAUCGGUGGACUGCAGCAGUUUGCUACAGAGGUGUUCAGUGCAAUGCAAAUUCCUCAGAUGAGGAAUCCCCAACUUCUUCCUCCAGAGGAAAUGCCUGAAAGUUUUCACUCAAAGAUUGCCCUGUUUGGCUGCGGUCCUGCCAGUGUCAGCUGUGCUUCCUUUUUGGCACGUCUGGGUUAUGACAACAUCACUAUAUUUGAGAAGCAGAAAUUUGUGGGAGGGUUGAGCACAUCUGAAAUCCCUCAGUUCCGAUUGCCCUACAGUGUGGUAGACUUUGAAAUAAAACUGAUGAAGGACUUGGGCGUAAAGGUGGUAUGUGAGAAGGGACUUGGAAGUGAUGGGAUGGCACUUAAUUCUUUAAGAGAAGAUGGAUAUAAAGCAGUUUUUAUUGGAAUAGGCUUGCCAGAGCCAAACAGACACAAAAUCUUUGAAGGGUUGACAACAGAACAAGGAUUUUAUACCUCAAAGGACUUUUUGCCGCUGGUUACCAGGGCCAGUAAAGCAGGGAUGUGUGGCUGCCGCUCCAAGCUGCCAGUGGUGCACGGCACAGUUCUAGUCCUGGGUGCCGGCGACACCGCUUUCGACUGCGCCACCUCUGCCCUGCGCUGUGGAGCCCGCCGUGUCUUUGUGAUCUUCAGGAAAGGAUUCACAAACAUUAGAGCUGUCCCGGAAGAGAUGGAACUUGCCAAAGAAGAGAAAUGUGAGUUCCUGCCUUUCCUGUCUCCACGGAAAGUUAUUUCGAAGGCUGGCCGCAUAGCCAGUAUGGAGUUCUGUCGAACAGAACAAGAUGAAGCUGGAGACUGGAUUGAGGACGAGGAUCAGAUUGUUCGCUUGAAGGCAGAUUUCAUCAUUAGUGCCUUUGGAUCAGUGUUAAGCGACCCAGUAGUGAAAGAGGCCAUGACUCCCAUUAAGUUUAACAGAUGGGGUCUCCCUGAGCUGGAUCCAGAGACUAUGCAGACCAGUGAGCCAUGGGUAUUUGCCGGUGGAGACGUUGCAGGGCUGGCUAAUACUACUGUCGAGUCAGUGAACGAUGGAAAGCAGGCCUCCUGGCACAUUCACAAAUACAUACAGUCACUGCAUGGCUCUGCUGUUGCACCCAAACCCCAGCUACCAAUGUUUUACUCUCCGAUUGACCUGGUGGACAUCAGCGUAGAGAUGGCAGGACUCAAGUUUCCAAAUCCCUUUGGUCUAGCCAGCGCUCCUCCAACAACCAGCACUGCCAUGAUCCGACGAGCUUUUGAGGAGGGCUGGGGCUUUGCUCUCACAAAGACGUUCUCUCUCAACAAGGAUAUCGUCACCAACGUUUCUCCAAGGAUUGUACGUGGAACUACCUCAGGCCCUAUCUUCGGCCCUGCGCAAAGCUCUUUUCUGAAUGUUGAGCUCAUUAGUGAGAAGACUGCAGCCUACUGGUGUCAAAGUGUGAUUGAACUGAAGACAGACUUCCCAAAUAAUAUUCUUAUUUCCAGCAUUAUGUGCAGUUAUAACAAGGACGAUUGGACAGAGCUCUCAAAAAUGGCAGAGGCUUCUGGAGCGGAUGCCCUGGAGUUAAACUUAUCGUGUCCACAUGGCAUGGGAGAGAGAGGCAUGGGCUUGGCCUGCGGGCAGGAUCCAGAGCUGGUGCGAAACAUCUGUCGCUGGGUACGACAAGCUGUUAAGAUUCCAUUCUUUGCCAAGCUGACCCCUAAUGUCACCAACAUAGUGGAUAUUGCAACGGCUGCCCAAGAAGGUGGUGCAGAUGGCGUUACAGCAACCAACACCGUAUCUGGGCUGAUGGGACUGAGAGCAGACGGCACACCCUGGCCUGCCAUUGGCGGAGGAAAGCGGACCACAUAUGGUGGAGUGUCUGGGAAUGCCAUCAGACCCAUAGCCCUGCGAGCUGUCUCUGCCAUUGCCAGGGCUUUACCAGGAUUUCCUAUUUUAGCUACAGGUGGGAUUGAUUCGGCUGAGUCCGGCCUGCAGUUUCUACAUGCUGGUGCUUCCGUGCUGCAGGUGUGCAGUGCGAUUCAGAACCAGGACUUCACACUGAUCCAGGAUUACUGUACGGGACUGAAAGCCCUGCUCUACCUGCAGAGCCUGGAGCAGCUCCAGAACUGGGAUGGACAGAGCCCACCCACCCCGCGCCAUCAGCAGGGCAAACCCCUGCCCAAGAUAGCAGACCUUGUGGGAAAGAAGUUGCCCAGUUUUGGCCCGUACCUUGAGGAAAGAAAGAAGAUUUUAGCCGAGUAUAAACUGAAAUUGAAGAGUACCAACGACACCAUUGUGAAUGAGCCAAAUGAAGGAAAAACAUAUAUGGCAAAAAAGCCCAUUCCCACUGUUCAGGAUGUGAUUGCGAGAGCUCUAAAACACAUUGGGGCGUAUGGAAUCCUGGACAACAAGGAGCAAGUGGUGGCCUUGAUUGACGAGGAGAUGUGCAUUAACUGCGGCAAAUGCUACAUGACCUGUAAUGACUCUGGCUACCAGAAGAUUGCUUCCAUUUUAUGUUUAUUUGUUGGUCUUUUUUUUCUACUGCUGCCAUUCAGAUAAGUACAAACUAUUGCUAUUAGUAAUUUAUUAUUAUUAUUAUUAUUUUAAACAGUAUUGAUUCUUUGAAUUAACGUGAUACUGUACUUGGAAUAAAGUCAGUUUGUUGCGAACAUAGCUAGUUCUUCUCUUUUAUAUACAGUAAGUAGGAAGUUAGUGAUUUGGAUUUUAGCACUUUUUGAAUAAUUAGACUGCAUAAUAUUUCUAUAAUAAUGCAAUUAAUGCUCGCCCUCUAAUCAAAACAGACCAUUAUCGUACCGCAGAUGCUAUUAUUUUUUCAUAUUGCGUCACUGUUUUUAUACAUUUAUUUAUAUAUACGGCUUAAUUUAGUCAUUUAUUUGAUUUAAUUUAGUUAUUUUUUUCUGUCAAACAACUUAAUGGGCUUUUAAAUAGGCCAAGCCUUACUUUUUCACAUACAAAAGAGAUCGCAACAUGUUAAUAGCGACUCAAAUUUAUUAACUCUAUAAUGAAAAAUAAAGCGUUUUGCUGGACACAUUAUUACAAUAUUUAUGACGAGUAACUGUAUUUAAAUUAAGAUGAGUCACUUCAGCAAUUAGAUGAAAAAGUAAGACUUACGAUUUAAAAGCCCAUUUAAUGGUUUCACAGAAGAAAAAAACCUAAAUUAAACCAAUUUUACUAUUAACGCAUUUCUCAGUUGUGAUUGAGAUACACAAAUGGAUUAACAGGUGUCAAUUGCAUUUAAGGAGAGUAGAAAAAUAGAUGUAAAAGACCUUAUAGACAUAUAUGCAGUAAUUUAUAGAAAACUAUUUAUUUUAAAAUGCUCAGAGCCCUUGCAGUCAACGCACUUCCCCCAAGAUGGCCGACUUCCUGUUUUUUGCUGCUGUCGAGACCGCACAUCGAGGGGGACGCAUACUACUCCCCUUACACAGCAUCUUUUCAAAAUGGUUUUUAUUUUAACGUUUUAAACUAUUUAUUUUUUUAAAGUUUAAACGUUUAUUAAAUUAAGCAGAAUCUAGCACCCCUAUAGACCAAUAAACCUAUUGUAUAAAUACAGUCCACAGUAGUAUUGCAUGUGUAGUUCUGAUUGGAUAAGGAAUCGAUGCAGUGGCAUUGUUGGGAGAAAAGAUCCUGUAGUGUGCUUACCUAUUAAUGGUUUGCAGUGGUUUGAAUCACUGCAAGAAGUCAUAAUCAAAUAUUUGCUUCUAUAAGCAGUUCAGAUGGGCUGGUUGGCUGUGUGAACACAAUAAAAUUGAUUGGAUUCUAAAAUAAUUGACCCAUGACCUAAAAAUAAUAGUAAUGUUGCUGUGUCUUUUUCAAUUAAAUAUAAAUUGGAUUUUGUUGUAAUUUGGUGUGUGUGUCUGUGUAUGUAUGCAUACAUACACACACACACAUAUAAAUGAGACAUUAUGUUACUCAAACAAUAAAAAAUGUAAGGAAGCAAAAUGCAUAAUUUGAUAUGGAUUCCCGUAGUUACUAACAAGCUAUUGUAGUUAUAUAAAACAUGUGUUCCAGUAAGACAUAAGGGGGGGGGGGGAGUAUUUUGAAAUAGGUCAGUCACACUGUGACCUUUUUUCACAUUUCUGAAGUGUGGCUUUAUAACAAGUACAGCAUGUGUGGUGAACAGCUGGAGAGCUUUGAUUUAUUAUAUCCUAUAUAUAUAUUAAAAAAAAAAAAAAAAAAUCUGCUCAAAGAACUGCUUCUGACUGGCACCUAA